AUUGGUUAUCAAGGUCAUAAAAAUCAACAGCAACAGUUGUUAAUAUUUAUGUUGUAUAUUUAUUUGAAUUUCUGAAUAUAAAACACAAUAUAUCGUUGCUUAUCAAAGAAUUUGCCGCUUUAAAAAUGUAAGAGAAACGUUUCUGUUUUAGGAAGUAAUGACAAUGGUACACUUCGCUAAUUUAUUUAAAUAUGUCCGUUUUUAAAAAACAAGUACACAGUUAUGGUGUCUGGUAUUGUUUGCUUUGAUAAGGUACCUUUUAACUUUAAUAAUACUUUAAUCAACCCAAUAAACAUGAAUCAUAAUUAAUUGCUGUAAUGAGGAUUUAUAUAGGAUAAAUUGAGAAUGGGAGUUACAUAGCUAAAUUUAAGUCAUGACAGAACAUACAAGUGCGAAAGGGUGCAUUCCCAAAGUGGUAAGCUCAUGGAAUACCUUUUUGAGCACCCUUAACUCCGGUCAUAAAAUACAUCCUUUUGAUCAGAAUCCACCUAGAGAUUGUGAAUUCAUUGUAAUCGAUUCUAAGAUUCAAAUAAGAGUUAUACAUGUAAGUCCAGGUUUUAUUCGAAAAUCAGUGAUUUUAUCUCAACCAGUAUUAUUUGAUUCAACAAAUGCUAAGAGAUGUUCUUUGUCUGAGGAAUAUUGGUUUAAUAAAUGGAACAAACCAUUAAAAUUAGGAAAUUGCAAUUGUUCAUUUAGAAGGUCUUUGCGCCAUUCGGCUAUCUCCAGCCAACCUUCAUUGCUGAAUGCAGAGAACACUAGAAAACUUAUUCCAAGUAUAGACCUUCCACCUACAAAAAUCACAAAUUUAGCAACAUUCGUUGAACGUCUCAUACAAGACACCUUUUUUGAAGCAUUUCAUGAGUAUUACAUGUCACAAACUAAAACUUUAAAUAGAAACAAAGACAUGUGUCAAAUAAAUUUAGGAUAUGAAGUAACUGAUGAAGAAAACAUAGUUGUCACAUUGCGUAGAAAAUUAAAGUUUAAUGGUGUUUCUAAGGAAGAUUCAACAGCUAUAAAGACUGAUGUUAAAAGCUCUUGUCCAAAGAAAAGUUGUGUUCAUAAGAAAGUCCAACAGAAACCACUUGUCAUGAUGUUUCAUGGCAUUGGAACAUCUGCAGACAUAUGGACUAUAGUAAUAAAUGCUUUAUCCUCUCGAGGUUAUGAAGUUGUUGCUCCAGACAUGUUAGGUCAUGGCUUUAGUUCAGCACCAAUAAAAUCAUGUUAUUACACUUUUAAUAAUUUGUUACUUCAAGCACUUACUAUUUUUGACCAUUAUGUGGCAGAUAGUAAAAGAAAAUGUAUAUUAAUUGGACAUUCUUAUGGUUGUAGUCUUAUAACUGCCAUGUACCCACACAGAUCACAACAGAUUGGACAGCUAAUAUUAAUAAGUGGUGGUGGGCCAACACCUUUAGCUCCUCCUGUCAAAGACAAUGAAAUCUCCCCUUUAGGGUGUGCUUACACACUUCUGAAUCCUUUAUUAUACUGUGGAGUCAAGAGGAGUCUCUUCUAUUCUAUCAGAGGAAAACACUUUAAAGUAUGCGAUGAUGAAAAUGGUUUGCCCAGGCAUGUUAUAGAGAACAUAGCAAAUGGUCAAAAAUGGUUGCAAGGUGAUACAGCAUUCCAUAGACGCAUCACAGCUCCCACACUUUUGGUACAUGGUUUACAAGAUAAACACGUUACGUUGGUUCAAGAAUGUGAAAUGGAGAGGACAAUACCAAGGGCAUUUUUGGAACUCAUACCAAAUGCUGGUCACUUACCAAUGAUAGAAACACCGGAGCAUCUCAUUCACAUGAUUAUGUGUUUCUUAGAUAUGUGGAGUUGAUAUACAAAUUUUAUAACAAGACUGAUUUUUAACACUUUCCUUGAGCAGAAGCAUCAUGGCAUUGAGUAAAAAACUAUUUCGUUGAGAAAGUCCUUUUUAGUUAUUUGUGUGCAAAGGCUGUAAAGUUGAUCUUGUUUAGCCAAAUCAGAAAUGUACGGCCUAGGCCAACAACUUCUGGUUGGGCAAAAAAAGAUCAUACGGCCGAGGUAAAAACUAUUCUACUCAUCAAGUAGAUCUAACAUUUUUUUUUACAUUCUUUUUCCUAAAAAUAGACUUAAAUACGGGAAUAAAAUUUGUACAGACUUAUUAACGUAUAUAAAAAACGACCAUAAAGUAAAUACGGUCAAAAAAUAUACUUUAGGAAUGUUAAUAAAUUCGUAAAAUGUCAUUUUUUUGUGACAGUCACAUAAAAACAUUUUUUAACUAGAUGUACAAUUUUAUACUGUGCGGUCCAUAUGAUAAAUUCAUUUUUAGCGUUAAUAUGCGCUUUUGGGAAAAAUCUGAAACCGAUUUCUAUUUUUAAUUUGACAAUUUAUAGUAUGAGCGUCUCGAAAAUUUUAAUUAAAAAUGGCGGUCAUGUGGCAACUUGUUUAGAAGGGUUUUUAAUUAUCUCUUCAGGAAUAUAAAGUUCUUUUUAAAUUUUGGGCAAAAUUAAUUUUGAAAAUGUAAAAUUAUGAUAAUGUCUCCAUCACAAAACUUUAUGUAGAAUGAAACCCAGACUGUUACAUAAUAUUUAAAAGUCUACUACAAACAAAUUAAGAAUAGAAAUUUAUCCGUUUUAAUUUUUUCUCAAAAGUACAUAUUAGGUUUGUUCCAAUACGCGCGAAAACCGUAAUAUUACGGUACAAAUCAUGCGCUCUUGACAAAAAUUGUAUACAGCACAUGAUUUGUACCGUAAUAUUUUCGUUUUCACGUGUGUUGGCAGACCUAAUAACACUAAAAAUGAAUGUAUUCCAUACGUAUGGACUGGAUAGUAUAGCAAAAUGAAACCGAG